CAAAGUUUAGAGGUUGUGUAGACAAAUCUUCCCUCCCCCGACUGAAGGCUGAGGCUACCUACUUGGCCCUGCUCUACUUGACAGCAGUCCGUCUUUGUUUCACUUUGGUUUGCGGCGGCAAUGCGUUUACUAACUGUUUGGGCUGCGGCCAUGUCAUUUGCCAUUUCCAGCGCGGCGGGACUGGCUCGGCUUACACCUGUGUCGCGACGCGCUACAUCUGCCGGCCUCUUGCUCCUCACUCUCUCGACGUCCUCGCUCAUAGCGCCAGCGCAUUCAAUGCGAACCGCCCGUGGUCAGCACCAACGAACCCCCUCCACAUACGCCCAGCCAACAUGUCCUUUGGAUAGAGACGUCUGUUCGGCCACAACCGGCUUUCGAUUGUUCCACUCGACCUCGCACCACUCGAGAGAUGCGCCACAAUUCACCUACCAUGUUGCGGCAUCAUACUCGGCGAAACAAGACCGCUUCAAUGCGGCGCAGAACCUGUUCACGCGACCCGUGCAUGACCCCAGUGAAAGCAAGACCACAGAUCUGAGGGAGUGCAAGGAUUCUAUUGAUAAGCGACGUCGAGCAAGAAGCGGGCAAGACGCCUUCUUCUUCAGCCAGGUUGGGAACACAAAUACCACUGCAUUUGGUGUAGCGGACGGAGUGGGGGGAUGGGUCGAGUCUGGUUUGGACCCCGCAGAUUUCUCCCACGGCUUGUGCGAAUACAUGGCUUGCGCAGCGCGCUCAUGGCCGCACGGAUCCAACACGGCAUCGUUACAUCCGAAACAUCUGCUCCAGAUGGCGUACGACGAGGUCACCGAGGAUAACAACAUCGAAGGGGGUGGCAGCACCGCAUGUUUGGCCGUUGCAGAACCAGAUGGCAACAUCGAGGUGGCCAACCUGGGCGACUCGGGAUUCAUGCAUCUCGGAUUGAACGCCGUACGACAUUUCACGCAGCCCCAGACACACGCCUUCAACACCCCAUAUCAGCUCUCCAAAACCCCCGAACGCAUGCUCGUGCAAAUGGCUGUAUUCGGAGGACCCACCACCCUUUCAGAUCUACCCAAGGAAUCGAGUGUAACACAUCACAAAGUCCGCCAUGGAGAUGUUCUCGUCUUUGCCACCGAUGGCGUUUGGGAUAACCUGAGCCCACAGGAUGUGCUAGGUAUUGUCAGUCGUCACAUGGUGCAUCUUGGUGCUUGGGUGGAGAAGGAUGGCACAAUAGAGGUCGGACAGGAUCUAGCAAAGCUCGUACAGGCCGAUCCAGCUCGCAAGGCCGACAGCUCGUCCCUCCAGGCGAAGGUAGCGGUUGCCAUUGCAAAGACAGCCAAGGACACCGGGCUCAACACUCGUCGAGACGGUCCGUUCGCCAAAGAGGUACAAAAGUGGUAUCCAGGAGAGAACUGGCACGGUGGUAAGCCGGACGAUAUUGCUGCCGUAGUAGCUGUCGUGCUCGAGGCGGAGUCCCCGCGAUCGAGACUAUGAAUAUUCUGUAUCGAUAUCUUUUUGAUCCGCUGCAUGGGCAGGCGUUUAGAGGUCAUGACUAAGAUUUGGGCAGCGUGCCUAUCUAGAUGGCUAUUUGGUGGCAAUUUCCGCUUUUCACUAGAUACGUUCUUGUAUAUCAAAGAUCUACAUGGAACCUUGUGAUCAAGUCCAGUCGCUAUAACUUCCUUGCACUGUCUUCACGAUGGUCAACACAACAAUCACGACGAUGGGUUGUAUGGGAUUUGCAGUUGUUGUAUGCAGUGCUAGAAAUUGUUGUUCUGCAGCCAUUCAAAUUUAGGCGGAGCCAUUGCAUGUGUAUAAGUGAAGAGUAGUAUGGCACACAUGUGUAAUUCUCGGAGUCAAUCUGAAGAGUGUGUAUAGACAAUAUUCGCGUGU